AUGGCGUGCCUCUGGCUCCUGGGCUGCUGGGCUCUCCUGGGCACUGCCCUCGGCUGCGGGAUUCCCGCCAUCCCUCCUGUGGUCAGCGGCCUGUCCAGGGUGGUUGGGGGGGAGGAGGCUGUCCCCGGCUCCUGGCCCUGGAUGGUGUACAUUCAGUACAAAGAUGGCAUCCACUUCUGCGGGGGCGCCCUGAUCAGCGAGGACUGGGUGGUCACCGCCGCCCACUGCAUGGUCACGACGGAUGACAAGGUGGUGGCGGGAGAGUAUGACCUGGACUCCGAUGAGGAGGACGUGCAGGUGCUGGACAUUGAACAGGUGUUCACGGCCCCGGACGCCAGCAUCUCCCCGGUCCACAACGACAUCGCGCUGCUGAAGCUGGCCAGCCCGGCCCGCUUCUCCGACACCGUGUCUGCCGUGCGCCUGGCCGGGCACUGCGACCACUUCCCGCCCGGAACGCCGUGCGUCCUCACGGGCUGGGGACUGACGCUCCUGCCCGUCCCCGAGAGCGGGUACACGCUGCGCCAGGCAGUGCUGCCCCUCGUGUCCACGGCGCGGUGUCAGGAGUACUGGGGCGACGAGGUCACGGACGACAUGGUCUGCGCCGGAGGAGAGGGGUCCUCGCCGUGCAUGGACGACUCUGGGGGCCCCCUGGUGUGCCAGAAGGGGGGCGUCUGGACCCAGGUGGGCAUCGUGUCCUGGGGCAGUCGAGAGUGCGAAACCGACAAGCCGGCUGUGUUCACCCGCGUCCCUGCAUUCGAGUGCUGGAUUAAGGAGACCAUGGGGGCCAACUGAGCCCCCAGACCCGCCCUGGGCUCGCCCCUGCCCUGCUCCCCUCCACGCCCCAAUAAACCCAGGAAACCCCAGCAGGGUUGUGUUGUCUGGCUUUUCUGGAGGGCCUCUUCCAUUCCUGAGGUUGGACGUGCGCUGGGCUGGGCUAGACAAGCAGUGUCCCUUCC